UUACUCACUUGGCGCUGCUUGUGCUCGCAGACACGGAGAGCUGACAGAUAAAAGUGGAGAGCUUUGCAGUCGGCACAAAAAGGAAUUUGACUGCAAAAUAGACUGGAUAAAUAGAUACUUGAUUUGGUUAAAGGUGUUUUGUCCGUGUAACUAUCUUUUGAACUCGGUGGGUGUAGGGCUGGGUGUCAGUGUAUCACUUGAGCUCUUGAAGCAAUUGCGAGGAAGAGGAAAUUAUGUCUUAAUACAAGUCUUUUCAUCAAUCUAAACCUUGGAACCCCUGUGCAGAUAAACUACAAUGGCUGAAACUGGAUCCAAAGCAUAGGCAACGCUAGUUGCCAUUAAGGUGGGUCAGAUGCAAGAGAAUAAACAACUUAACCAGAUGAGAAGAUUGUUUUACAGAACCACAGACCAGCCUGCACCUUUACAUCUAACCUUCUUUGGACCGGAUGUAAAAUACUACUCAGAUGCUACUUUACUGGGUCUUUGUAUAUGUACUACAGAAGGUAUCAACGACUUUAACCUGAUAGCAGCUGCUUUUAUGUGCAAUAUGUCAAUGGCUUAAAAUGGAUUAUCCAAAACAUCACUGACCAUUGAGCAAGUACUGAAAAUAUAUAUAUAAAAAAAAAAACACUUGUAUGCCUAACUGCCUUUGGCAGGUACUGAGAAAACACAUUCCAUAAAGCUGCUUCUGGGUCAGAAAUGGCAUCUUUAUAUGACGAUUUAAGAAGUUGCAAGGUGUGUUGAUGCUUCAGGGUGAGAUCUAAUCAACUAGCAAUUAUGCCAUCAUUGCCUUAAGGAAACCGUGUGAUAUUUAAACUUUACAUGUUCUAUAAUGAUUGAUCUCAAUAGGAAUAUAUAUAUAUAUAUAUAUAUAUAUAUGGAAGAGUAUGUCAGGCUUAAGGGAGUACUGUACCGAACAACAGAGCUGCUCUAUGUAAUCUUCUUUAAGUGAGUCAUAUACUGCACUAUAACAGCUAUUCAUGCAUACUUGCAUAAAGCACAACUGCCAGAUUAUUGGUGCUUGAAUAUUUAGCCAGUUUCGGAGGGAAACAUGCCGACUGGCAAAUUGACUUCCUACAGAUGGGACCAGGGAGACAUUUGUCAAAUCAAUUGAAUCAAAGGACAGGAUUUGUACUGCAAAACAUGCCACUGACCUGACAAGAGAACUAGAUUUGUACUUUAUAGAACACAUUCUAUGAUUGACAUUUGGAUGUGAGUUUAUGGAUCUGUGUCUGGCAUUAUCUACUUUCAAAUCCAAAAGAAGAGGGUGACCAAAGCAGCUGGUGGUCCUUACAAUUGGUACUUAUACUCUGUUCUGCAUAACUAUAUAUUUUAGACACUGUUUACUUAUUGUGGCCUUUUAAGUGCAAAUAUUGGACCAGCUGAUGCUACUAAGGAUUGAAAAACAGUUUUCGUUUUGGAUGUGAGCUUUUAAAGUAAAAAAUAAAAAGGAAAAAACUCAGAACUGCCGCACAAUAAAAAAUUGAAACAAGCUAACGUUGCUUUUUGAAGGAGGCAUUUUAGAGAGUGGCUUGCGCCAAAUGUAGCCCCUGAGCAAAUAUAAUGUUGCGGAGGGGGCUGCUGGCUUGGGUGUUCCGAGUGGCUUUGCUGCUGGUGCUACUGUGCUGCUGCCUGUCGCUGAUCUACAUGCUGGCAUGCAGCCCACGGGCAGACGAUGGUCAGGUCCCGCUCCCCCGGGCCAACAGCCCUACAGGCAAGGAGGGCUACCAGGCCCUGCUCCAGGAGCAUGAGGAGCAGCAUCGACACUAUAUCAGCAGCCUGAAGAAGCAGAUCUCUCAGCUGAAAGACGAGCUACAGGAGCGCAGCGAGCAACUCAAGACCGUGCAGGGCUCCCUGGAGCACGGAGGGGUGGGCUUUGGGGCGGGAGGUGUCGGUGUUGGAGGGUUAAUGGGAGGGGAUGAUGGGAUGAGUGAGAGGAGCCGCACAGACCUCAUGGAGUUUCUUAGGUCCCAGCUGAGCCGAGCAGAGGUGCAUGCCGGCACUAAGAUACCCACAGAGUAUGCCGUGGUGCCCUUCGAGAGCUUCACUCUGCAGAAGGUGUACCAGCUGGAGACGGGCCUCACCCGGCACCCCGAAGAGAAGCCUGUGCGCAAGGACAAGCGGGACGAGCUGAUUGAGGCACUCGAGACGGCGCUGGAGACGCUCAACUCCCCUGAGGAGGAAGGGAACAUCCACCGCCGCAUGUAUGCAGCCUCUGACUUCAUUGAAGGCAUCUACCGCACAGAGAGGGACAAAGGCACUCUGUACGAACUGACUUUCAAAGGUGACCGUAGUCAUGAAUUUAAACGGCUGGUGUUCUUCCGCCCGUUUGGUCCCAUUAUGAAGGUGAAGAAUGAAAGAGUCGACACCUCCAACAUGCAGAUCAAUAUUAUCGUGCCUCUGGCCAAAAGGGCAGACAAAUUUCGACAGUUCAUGCACAAUUUCAGGGAAGUUUGUGUCAGACAGGAUGGGAGGAUCCACCUCACUGUGGUUUACUUUGGAAAAGAUCAAGUGAGCGAGGUUAAAGCAAUACUGGAAAAUACUUCAAAGGUGGUGAACUUCAAGAACUACACCUUCAUCCAGCUGAAUGAAGAGUUCUCGCGAGGGAAGGGACUGGACGUGGGCGCCCGGGCCUGGAAAGGAAACAACGUUCUCCUCUUCUUCUGUGACGUGGAUAUCUACUUCACCUCAGAGUUCCUCAACGCCUGCAGACUAAACACACAGCCAGGCAAAAGGGUUUUCUAUCCAGUCCUUUUCAGUCAGUACAAUCCUGGUUUAAUCUACGGUCAUCAUGAUGCAAUACCCCCAAUAGAACAGCAAUUAGUCAUCAAAAAAGACACAGGAUUCUGGAGAGAUUUUGGAUUUGGAAUGACUUGUCAGUAUAGAUCUGAUUUCAUCAAUAUAGGUGGCUUUGAUGUGGACAUCAAAGGCUGGGGAGGGGAGGACGUGCACCUCUACCGGAAGUACCUGCACAGUAACCUCGUGGUGGUGCGGACGCCGGUGCGAGGCCUCCUCCACCUGUGGCAUGAGAAGCGCUGCGUGGACGAGCUGACGGCCGAGCAGUACAAGAUGUGCAUGCAGUCCAAGGCAAUGAACGAGGCCUCUCAUGGCCAGCUCGGCAUGCUGGUCUUCCGACGCGAGAUCGAGGCCCACCUGCGCAAACAGAAGCACAAGACCAGCCUCAAGAAGACUUGAGGGCACAACAAUACCAGGAGGGUGGCAUAGCCAAGGUGGAGGCUUUCAAUGGAUUAAAUAGAACAGAAUCGCAAUGACGCCAGCAUUGGGACAGGCCCCAUGUAGAAAAUAAAUGUGUGGCAUGAAUCGAAAAUGAAGAUAUGCCAUGUUUUGCCUUGAAUCACCCCUUUCAAGUUUCUUCUUUCAUACAUGUAUGUUUUAUAUGAAACAUAUAUUACAUUAUAUGUAUAUGUGUGCCCCAUAUAAUAAAUGUGUUGCCUAUGAAAGGUUAGACUGAUUGCUGAAGGAUCUGGUAGUAGCUUUGAUUUUUGUUAGAUUUGAAAUAUAUUGUUAUUUAUACAGACAUUUGAAAAAAAAGGUCUAUAUAUUAUUUAUGAUGGUUGUAAGAUCAAGAAACUACAGCCUUUUAUAGCUGCAAUUGAAAGGGUAGGAAAGAAAUGGCCCAAUUCAUUCCAGUGAUAUUCCUGAACACAUUGACAUUGUUUUUGUUUGUUUACCGUAUCUGUUUCAAUCAUGUUGAUUUGUCUGUUUAAGACUUUCUUAUUGUCUUGUCAACCAGUAUUGCUUUUGUAAAAAAAAACAUACUGGAUUUAAAAAGGAGGGUUGGGCUCAGGCGAAAUGAUGUGUUCCAAAAUUAAACAGCAAGAUCACUAUACAUAAGUGCACUUUCCUUGCUUGCUUGGUAAUGAGUAUUAAAUGACAAGCCUUUUUAUCACUAAGCAACAUUUUUGGAAGCUUGUGUUGUAUUUUUUUGUUAAUUCUUUCAAAGACCAAAUAUGUAGCUUCUGAAAGAGGACGCAGCAGCUAGCAACAUCAGCACCACCCAGUUCAAUCAACAGAAAUCGGAUUCCUUUGGUACAAUACACAACAAUGCAUUCUGGGUUAUCUAACUGCUCAGGUUCCUUGAUAAUUCAAAAUAAAGUUGUUUAGAAUCGUGCACCAUUGCCUUACCUAUUGGUGUGUGUGUGUAUAUACAGUGCCUUGCGAAAGUAUUCGGCCCCCUUGAACUUUGCGACCUUUUGCC